AAUGAGUGUGUACGCGCACGCAUGUUGUUUCGUCGUGCUAGUGCUGUGGUGUGGGAAACCAACCUCUUGUAAAAAAGCGUCUUUGCGAAUUGUAUUGAAGAAUGUCAUCGGAUUCAGAUUCAAAUGAAUAUUUGGAUUCCGAUGAAGAGCUGCAGGAGGCCUUCAAGGGUGGCUCUUUGAAACCUGGCUUAAACUUUGCUACAAAUGCUCCAAAGAAAUCCUGUAAUGAUGAGGCUGGAUUGCAAAGUAAAUUGACUGAUUUCUCAAAGGAGUUAGAAUGGUAUGAAAGACUUGAUAUUACUACAGACAUCGACCAACAUGAUGAGACCAAUUAUGAUGAUGAUUUUCAAAGAGAAUUAAAAUUCUAUCACCAAGCACAGGCUGCUGUCCUGAAAGCUUUACCAAGACUUCAAAACCUGGGUAUACCAACAAAAAGACCGUCAGAUUAUUUUGCAGAAAUGGUGAAAACAGAUGACCACAUGCAGAAGAUUAAGCAAAAAAUAAUUUCAAAGAAGUCAAGUUUAGAAAAAUCUGAAAAAGCAAAGAAACUUAGAGACUUAAAGAAAUAUGGUAAAAAGGUUCAACAUGAAGUGUUACAGAAAAGACAGAAAGAAAAGAAGGAGAUGAUUGAAGCUGUUAAGAAGUAUCGCAAAGGGCAGAAUGAUAAGCUGGAUUUUCUUGGAAUUGAAGGUGAUAGUAAAACAAAAUCUGGUUUUUCUAAAGCUAAAGGACCAGGGCAAAAACGACAAUUUAAAAAUGAUAAAUUUGGAUUUGGUGGCCGAAAGAAAGGACAGAAACAAAAUACCCAAGAUAGUUUUAGACAAGUUGAUAACAAUUUAAAACCUAGGAAAUUUAACAGUGGUGCCAUGAAAAAGGGGAAAAAAGGUGGAAAGAAGACCAGACCAGGAAAGAAAAAGAGACAGCAGGCAAAGGGGAAAAGAAAGUAAAAACAAGUUAACAACGUCAAAUAAUUAUUUAUUUGUUGACAGUGGAAGUCGUUAACAACCAGCUGCAAACUGGUGUGAUACUAGGGUGUAAAGCUAAGUACACACUGUAACGACUAUCGCCGGCAGAUGGUAGUACGAAUGCUAUACAACUCGGUGUGUGCAUAACUUAAAACCCCAUUCCCGGCAAAA